CAAUAAGAAGCGAUUCUCAGGCGUUUGUUCUGUCUACUCUCUCUCUCUCUCUCUCUCUCUCUCUCUCUCUCUCUCUGUGAAAAUCUUCAAUAAGAAGCGAUUCGUAGGCGUUUGUUCUCCAUGUUCGUGAAAAAGCUCGUCGAUAAGGCUUCUAAAAAGCCUGGAGGGAGUUCGAACAGUUUGAAAGUGCAUGAUGUAAACCCACGUCUGGUUUUUCACUAUGGGAUUCCGGCAGGACCCAUCUCCUUGGCUUAUGACUCAAUUCAGAAAAUUCUUGCUAUUCCUACAAAAGAUGGCCGAAUCAAAUUAUAUGGAAAAGAUAACACUCAAGCCCUGAUAGAAUCUGAUGAGGCAGUUCCAAGCAAGUUUUUGCAGUUUUUGGAGAACCAAGGCAUCCUCCUAAACGUAACGGUCAGAAAUCACAUUGAGGUUUGGGAUGUAGAUAAGAGGCAGUUGUCUCAUGUGCACAUAUUCAAGGAAGAAAUCACAUCUUUCAUGGUAGUACCACAAAGUUUCUACAUGUACGUUGGAGAUUCUCUUGGGAAUAUUUCUGUUUUGAAGGUUGAUAGAGAACCAUGCAACUUAAUACGCAUGCACUACAAUAUUCCUUUUUCUGCUUCUCAUGGAAGUGCAACUGAAGUGGCAGAGGAUACUGCAGUAAUGCAUAUAUUGCCGCAGCCAAUGGCUGAGAGUAGGAGGGUCCUUAUAAUUUUUAGAGAUGGUCUAAUUAUCUUAUGGGGAAUCCAAGAAAGUAAAGUCAUGUUCAUAACAGGUGGAAAAACACUAUAUUCAUUAGGCAAUGAACCAAAGAAAGUAACAGCUGCUUGCUGGGCAUGUCCCUAUGGAAGUAAAGUAGUUGUUGGAUACAGUAACGGGGAGAUUUUACUUUGGACUAUUCCAGGAAUUUCCAAUCCAAAAAAUAUCCCAGCUACAGAUAAAGAAGAAUUAUGUGCUGCGCAAAAUGUUCCUAUUGGUAAACUCAAUCUUGGGUAUAAGAUGGACAAAACUCCUAUAGGUUCAUUAAGAUGGGUUCCAGGAGAUGGAAAGGCAAGUCGGUUGUACGUAAAUGGAGUCUCCGAUUCUGGAUCUUCAAAUUCAUUUCAGAUAAUCAUUCUCAAUGAAAAUACAGAAUCCCGUAUGAUAAAGUUGGUUCUCCCUUUGCCCAAAGCCUGUCUAGACAUGGAAAUUAUUUCAAGUAUCGGUGACUGGAACAAACAUAAACAAGACACUCUGCUGCUUCUAUUAAAAUCAGGUUGCUUGUGUGUCUAUGAUGAUUCAGAGAUUGAAAAGUAUCUUAUACAAUGUCAAUCCAGAUCACCUCCAACACUCCCGAAGCAGGUAAUGGUCAAGUUACCAUUCAUGGAUUCAAACAUCACAGCUGCAAAAUACAUUACAGACAAUUCAGACAUGUCAAGUGCCACGGAGAAGGAUCAUAUGCUGGCCAAAAAUUUCCCUUCUCUUUUUCCCAGUGAUACAAAGGAGAAGGACGUAAAUCAUUUAAAUUAUGCGCGCUUUAGUGGAUUUACAAAGUAUAAAAACUUGUAUAUAACGGGUCACAGUAAUGGAGCUAUAAAUUUUUGGGAUGCAUCACGCCUGUUUCUUGUGUCAAUUUUAUCAGUGACACAACAGCAGAGUGAAGGCAACCACUCCUUAAGUGGUAUUCCAGUAACAGCAUUGUACUUUGAUAUCAACUCUCGAGUGCUUGUUUCUGGAGAUCAGAGUGGAACGAUACGCAUCUUCAAGUUCAAACCCGAACAAAAUACAGCAGGAAACAAUCUGUUAUCACUACAAGCAACUACAAAGCAAGGAUGGAGCAGCGUUAUUAGUUUUGUUAAACUUAUAAAAGUCAAUGGUGCUGUACUUUCCAUCAUUGUAAACCCUAGGACGGGACAUCUUGUUGUUGGAUCUGAUCAAGGAUAUGUUUCAGUAGUAGACAUGGAAGGCCCUACUAUAUUAUAUCAGAAACAUUUCCUGAGUGAACUUUAUACUGGUAUCAUCUCUCUCCACUUUGAGAGCUACGAACUCCAUGGAUCUGAGAAGAACAUUCUAUUGGUAGCACUGAAAGAUUCAUCAAUUUUGGCCCUUGAAGCGGACACAGGAAUUGCAUUAAGCAGUAGCAUGGUCCGUUCCAAGAAACCUGCUAGAGCUCUAUUCAUGCAGAUCCUAGAUGGACCAGAUUCAUUAGUCCAUGGAUCAGAGGGUCCAGGCAUGAUCAAAGGGACCACUGUCAAAGAUGCCAUACCAAAGCAAUCAUUAGUAUUGCUUUGUUCUGAAAAGGCUGUAUAUUUAUAUUCCUUGGUGCAUGUAAUUCAGGGGAUUAAGAAGGUACUCGACAAGAAAAAGUUUCAUGGUAAUACUUGUUGCUGGGCGUCAACAUUCUAUAGUCCUUGCUCUGAAAUUGGUCUGAUACUCAUGUUCACUAGUGGCAAAAUUGAAAUUAGGUCCCUGCCAGACUUAUCCCUCCUAAGGAAAACUUCAUUAAGAGGCUUCACAUUUCCAACCUCGAAUUCUGAAAGUUCAUUUUGCUCUUCAUCUGAAGGAGAACUUGUUGUGGUCAACAGAGAUCAGGAAAUCUUCUUCAUUUCAGUUUUGGCCCGGACAGACAUCUACAGCCAUCUGGAGUCUGUUAGCCAAGUAUUCAAGAAAGAUAUCAUCCCAAUAGAAGGCCUCACCACAGGACCCAUUGUCCCUAAAGAAAAGAAAAGGGGAAUAUUUAGCUCUGUUAUUAAAGAUAUAAAAGGCACAAAGGCAAAGCACCAGGAAGGAAUAGAAGUCGUACAUUCCCAAGCAAGCAUAGAAGAAGAACUGUCUGCCAUAUUUUCAACAACUAAUUUUUCGUUGGAGGUUGAGAACAAAGAUAGCUUGGAAAUGCAUGAAAGUGAUGUUGAGCUAAAUUUAGAUGAUAUCGACCUGGAAGACUUAAAAGAGAAACCGAAGGGACAAAACAUCAUAACAUUGAAUAAGCACAUGUUGGUUGGAAAAUUUCAGGCAAUAAAAGGUAAAUUGAAACAAAGAAAGGCAAAAACUGAAAACACGUCGAUGAAAGAGGAGAAUGACGAUGGGAAGGGUGUGGAUUCUGUUGAUCAGAUAAAGAAGAGAUACGGAUUUCCAUUGGCUGGUGAGUCUAGUGUCACUAAAAUGACAGAAAGCAAGCUGAAAGAGAAUUUAGGGAAGUUGCAGAGCAUCAACUCACGAACAACAGAAAUGCAAGACACUGCUCGAUCUUUCUCAACCAUGGCAAAACAGCUGCUGCGAACGGCAGAACAGGAAAGGAAAAGCUCCUAGUUGUUUCCAGUUUGUGCAUAAUUGGACUAGAUUUGUAUAUGGGUUUCAUUAAAAAUGUACAACUUUCCACUUGAAAAUGCAGCUGAACUCCUUUCCUCCUCCUAUAAGUGUAUGGUCCACAUGUACAUAUGAUCCAAGCCAUCAAUCCUAUGAUGCAGUGUGGGUGGGCCUUACACCAAUUGGGUUUUCUACAUCUCUUAUUAUUUGAUUUGGAUUGGUGGGUCUGAAAUGUAAUCUUAUCAUCCAAUGGAUACGAUGCAUGUU